CCAACCCAACCACCACGUCCCCCCCCGUCUGACGCACAACUCAUCAACGUCACGUCCUCCAAGACUUUGUGGAUUUCGUAUUCCCCCAUGGCCAAGCGCUUCCCGCUCUUUGGGCUUCGCUCACUGCCACAGAGGAUGGAGAUGAUGUCCCCACCUUAUGCCCUGCCGUUAAAUGAAGUGAAGCGGCUCUGGAAAAGACCUGUCAAAUAUCCAAAUAUCCAAAUAUCCGAUAUCCCCAUCCCUCUUUCGUCCUCUUUUAUCUUUUAGCGACUAACCAGUGACCCCUUCUCACUCUUCUCCUCUCUUCAGCGUUACGUUACCCAACCUCCCACAGACUGGGUAUCACACCUUCCUGGACCACACCAGCUUCCGCCAUCCACACCUUUUCCUCCUGGUUCCUCUACUCCCCUUCGCCCUACUCGCCCAUCUCCUCCUUACCCCUCUCCCGCCAUGAUCUUCUCAAGGUCAAGAUUGUCAGCAGUAGCCGCUGCUCUACUCACAAGUACCUCAGUAUCAGCACAAACAUGGACGGACUGCAACCCGCUCGAAACAACAUGUGAACCCAACACCGCCCUCGGUAUGGCUAUCAACGUUGACUUCACCGACGGCCCGGUCAACUCCUUCGUCGAGGCCGGCAACCCCACCUACGACGACGACGGCGUCACCUUCUCCGUAGCCGCCUCGGGCCAAGCCCCGCAGCUCAUGUCCAUCUUCUACAUCAUGUUCGGCCGCGUCGAGAUCAACAUGAAAGCCGCCCAGGGCGCCGGCAUCGUCAGCUCCCUCGUCCUCCAGUCCGACACCCUCGACGAGAUCGACCUGGAGUGGCUCGGCGCCGACCCCCACGAGGUCCAGUCCAACUACUUCGGCAAGGGCCUGGUCACCAACUACAACCGCGGCCAGUUCCACCAUAUGGAGAGGAACAACCAGGAGGAAUACCUCACCUACGUCAUCGACUGGGCCAAGGACCGCGUCGAGUUCCACGUCGACGGCACCCUCGUCCGCACCCUCACCUACGACGAGGCCGACGACAACCAGUACCCGCAGUCCCCCAUGCAGGUCAAGUUCGGCGCCUGGUCCGGCGGCGACCCUGCCAACGCCGAGGGGACCAUCGCCUGGGCCAAAGGCCCCACCGACUUCUCCCAGGGGCCCUUCCACAUGGCCGUCCGCUCCAUCGCCGUCACCGACUACUCCACCGGCCGGGAGUACCGCUACACCGACAACUCGGGCAACUGGCAGUCCAUCGAGGCCGUCGACGGCGAGAUCAACGCCAACGAGGGCAAAGCCGACGAGAUCCAGCCCACCGCCACCGCCGCCGCCGACGACCGUGGGCCCGCCCCCUCCGUGCCCCCCGGCGGCAUCGGCACCGACGAGAACACCGCCCAGCAGUCCGGUUGGCCCUGGGAAGGCGACGACCGCCCUGCCGGUGGUUCCGUCCCUGAAGGCUGGCGCAUGACCGAGGAGGGCAAGAUCAUGCCCAUCGGCGCCGCCUCGUCCCUCCGGGCCCCGCAUACCCUCUUCAUCCCCAUCUCUCUUCUCGUCGGCUAUCUCGUCAUCCUCUGCACCUAACGAUAUCUUCUAUACCUACUACACCCAACCCAAAACCUCGGUUAUUCUUCAUUCGCGAAACUGUACCAUCUACCGCGGACUUUAUACUCAUUAUUUUACCGCUUCUUUUAAUGGCAAUCAUCUGAAUGGGGAAUGCAAAGCAUAUACGAUAUAAAGCAUAUACGAUAUACAAAGCUGUUGGGAUUUACCUCUCUGCAUAGACAGAUCGAGACACACCACACAGCCGGCGCAUGGAAAGGGAUGUAACCAGUAUUGAUUUUCGAUUUUCGGCAUGUACUAAGAAAAGGAAUCAAAGAUAGCUUGUUGUUCUUUCAUUCAUUAUUCAGGAGUUUGGGUUAGCAUAGCGAUGCCCUUGGUCUGCUUGGGGAAGAAAAAAAGACCGACAUUGACGGUUGAUACGAACGCCAAUAUAUAUACAUUUGAUGUAGAU